AUGAUAACGACCAGUUUAAAACGAUCAAGAUCUUUAUUGAAUAAGGUGUUACCUAUCGAUAUUGAAGGUGAUAAACAUUCUUCUCCUUCAGUAGUAACGAGGAGUUCUCCAAUUCUAAAUCAUGAUUCAGAGUCUUUACACCUGAAUAAAAGCCCAGCUUCCAAAAAUUCAAAUAAAAAAACAUCUAAAUCACCAAGUAGGCAAGGAUCUAAUAAUAAAAAUACUAAGAAAACUAACGGGCAUAAAAAGCGUCGCAAUUCCAGUCAUCAGAAAGAAAGAACGGAAAAAUCGGAGCUUUCACAAUCAAAAAGAGGAUCAGAUAUACUCGAUCAAAGAAGUAAAUUAGAUUGGAUUUUAAUCGUGGCUAUAGGGUCUUUGAUUCUUCUCAUAUACAUUUUGAAUUGA